AUGACAACAACAGCAACAACAACAACAACGACAGCAACGACAACAACCCUGAAACCAACAGCAACAACAACAACGACAACAACAACAACAGCAACAACAACCCUGAAACCUCCCAAACAACCGACAACAACAACAACCCUGAAACCGCCUGAAGAACCAGUGACACGCCUGAAACCUCCCAAACAACCGACAACAACCCUGAAACCGCCUGAAGAACCGGUGACAACCCUGAAACCUCCUGAACAACCGGCGACAACCCUGAAACCUCCCGAGAAACCGGCACCAACAGGCGACAACCAACAACACCCGGCAACAACCGACAACGAUUUAACAACCCCUGUUUUUCCAUCACUUUUUCCUUUCCAACACCUCAACCAGGGAAAUUCAACCGGAGACUUCUCCCCUUUAUCCCGAAUUUCUGGUUUGGAUCCCAAAAAAAACACCGGGAAGGGAAAUUUUAUUGUUCUCGGGGUUGUUGUUUUUCCCCAGGGCUCACGGAUGAGCGGCUGUAGUCGGCAGCAGGUGCCGCGUCCGACUGUUGUUGUGUUUGUUUUUAUUGUUACACCGUGCCAGACGUUCCCCCCUGAGCUCUCCUGCAACAACAACGACAACGACAACAACAACAACAACAACAACAACAGCCUUGAGCCCUCCUGUAACAACAACAACAACGACAACAAUGACAACAACAACAGCCCGAGCCCUCCUGCAACAACGACAACAACAACAACCCUGAACAACAACGACAACAGCAACAACAGCCCGAGCCCUCCUGUAACAACAACAAUGACAGCAACAACCCUGAAUAACAACAACGACAACAACAACACCAACAACACCAACAACAGCCCUGAGCUCUCCUGCAACAACAACGACAACGACAACAACAACAACAACAACAACAACGACAACAACAACCCUGAAACCAACAACAACAACAGCAACAACAACAACAGCCCGAGCCCUCCU